CUGCAGAGUUCUACCAAACUUUCAGAGAAGAGUUAACACCACUACUACUAAAGGUAUUUCAAAGCAUAGAAAAUGAUGGAAUACUACCUAACUCAUUCUAUGAAGCCACCAUUUCCCUGAUACCAAAACCAGGUAAAGACAUCACGAAAAAAGAAAAUUACAGACCUAUAUCCCUCAUGAACAUAGAUGCAAAAAUCCUCAACAAAAUUCUAGCCAAUAGAAUUCAACAACAUAUCAAAAAAAUAAUCCACCAUGACCAAGUGGGAUUUAUACCAGGUAUGCAAGGCUGGUUUAAUGUUAGAAAAACCAUUAAUUAUAUGGUGGAUUACAUUAUUAAUGUAAUCCACCAUAUAAGUAAAACAAAAGACAAAAACCACAUGAUCUUAUCAAUUGAUGCAGAAAAGGCAUUUGACAAAGUCCAACACUCAUUUAUGAUAAAAACUCUCAGCAAAAUAGGAAUUGAAGGAAAAUUCCUUAACAUAAUAAAGGGCAUCUAUACAAAGCAACAGCCAGCAUCACUCUAAAUGGAGAGAUCCUGAAAGCAUUUCCCUUGAGAACGGGAACCAGACGAGGAUGCCCUUUUUCACCACUCUUAUUCAACAUUGUGCUAGAGGUCCUAGCCAGAGCAAUUAGGCUAGACAAAGAAAUAAAGGGCAUCGGGACUGGCAAGGAGGAAGUAAAAUUUUCUCUAUUUGCAGUUGACAUGAUCUUAUACACAGAAAACCCAAAGGAAUCCUCCAGAAAACUACUGAAACUAAUAGAAGAGUUUGGCAGAGUCUCAGGUUAUAAGAUAAACAUACAAAAAUCACUUGGAUUCCUCUCCAUCGACAAAAAGAACAUUGAAGAGGAAAUCACAAAAUCAGUACAAUUCACAGUAGCCCCCAAGAAGAUAAAAUAUUUGGGAAUAAAUCUUACCAAAGAUGUAAAAGACCUAUACAAGGAAAACCACAAAGUACUACUACAAGAAACUAAAAAGGACCUACUUAAGUGGAAAGACAUACCUUGCUCAUGGAUAGGAAGACUUAACAUAGUAAAAAUGUCUAUUCUACCAAAAGCCAUCUAUACAUACAAUGCACUUCCGAUCCAAAUUCCAAUGUCAUUUUUUAAUGUGAUGGACAAACAAAUUACCAACUUCAUAUGGAAGGGAAAGAAGCCCCGGAUAAGUAGAGCAUUACUGAAAAAGAAGAAAGUGGGAGGCCUCACUCUACCUGAUUUUAGAACAUAUUAUACAGCCACAGUAGUCAAAACAGCCUGGUACUGGUACAACAACAGGCACAUAGACCAAUGGAACAGAAUUGAGAACCCAGAUAUAAAUCCAUCCAUAUAAGAGCAGCUGAUAUUUGACAAAGGCCCAGUGUCAGUUAAUGGGGGAAAAGGUAGUCUUUUUAACAAAUGGUGCUGGCAUAACUGGAUAUCCAUUUGCAAAAAAAUGAAACAGGACCCAUACCUCACACCAUGCACAAAAACUAACUCCAAGUGGAUCAAAGACCUAAACAUAAAGACUAAAACGAUAAAGAUCAUGGAAGAAAAAAUAGGGAGAACGUUAGGAGCCCUAAUACAAGGCAUAAACAGAAUACAAAGCAUUACCAAAAUUGACAAAGAGAAACCAGAUAACUGGGAGCUCCUAAAAAUCAAACACCUAUGCUCAUCUAAAGACUUCACCAAAAGAGUAAAAAGACCAGCUACAGACUGUGGAAAGAAUUUUCAGCUAUGACAUCUCUGACCAGCGCCUGAUCUCUAAAAUCUAUAUGAUUCUGUCAAAACUCAACCACAAAAAGACAAACAACCCAAUCAAGAAGUGGGCAAAGGAUAUGAACACUCACUUCACUAAAGAAGAUAUUCAGGCAGCUAACAGAUACAUGAGAAAAUGCUCUUGGUUAUUAGCCAUUAGAGAAAUGUAAAUUAAAACCACGAUGAGAUUCCAUCUCACUCCAACAAGGCUGGCAUUAAUCCAAAAAACACAAAAUAAUAAAUGUUGGAGAGGCUGCAGAGAGAUUGGAACUCUUACACACUGCUGGUGGGAAUGUAAAAUGGUACAACCACUUUGGAAAUCUAUCUGGUGUUAUCUUAAAAAGUUAAAAAUAGAACUGCCAUACAACCCAGAAAUCCCACUCCUCGAAAUAAGAGCCUUCACAGGAACAGAUAUAUGCACACCCAUGUUUAUUGCAGCUCUGUUUACAAUAGCAAAAAGCUGGAAGCAACCGAGGUGUCCAUCAACAGAUGAAUGGGUAAAUAAAUUGUGGUAUAUUCACACAAUGGAAUGCUACGCAUCGAUAAAGAACAGUGACGAAUGUGCGAAACAUUUCAUAACAUGGAGGAACCUGGAAGGCAUUAUGCUGAGUGAAAUUAGAGGCAAGAGGACAAAUAUUGUAUAAGACCACUAUUAUAAGAUCUUGAGAAAUAGUAUAAACUGAGAAGAACACAUACUUUUGUGGUUACGAGGUGGGGAGGGAGGGAGGAUGGGAGAGGGUUUUUUACUGAUUAGUUAGUGGAUAAGAACUGCUUUAGGUGAAGGGAAGGACAAUACUCAAUACAUGGAAGGUCAGCUCAACUGGACUGGACCAAAAGCAAAGAAGUUUCCAGGAUAAACUGAUUGCUUCAAAGGUCAGCGGAGCAAGGGUGGGGGUUUGGGGACCAUGGUGUAAGGGGACUUCUAAGUCAACUGGCAAAGUAAUUCUAUUAUGAAAACAUUCUGCAUCCCACUUUGAAAUGUGGCGGCCGGGGUCUUAAAUGCUAACAAGCGGCCAUCUAAGAUGCAUCAAUUGGUCUCAACCCACGGGGAUCAAAGGAGAGUGAAGAACACCAAGGUCACACAAUAACUAUGAGCCCAAGAGACAGAAAGGGGCACAUCAACCAGAGACUUACAUCAUCCUGAGACUAGAAGAACUAGUUGGUGCCCGGCCACAACAGAUGACUGCCCUGACAGGGAGCAGGCGAUCAGUGGGAUGCAGACCCCAAAUUCUCACAAAAAGACCAUACUUAAUGGUUUGACUGAGACUAGAGGAAUCCAGGCGGUCACGGUCUCCAAACCUUCUGUUGGCCCAGGACAGCAACCAUUCCCGAAGACAAUUCAUCAGACAUGGAAGGGACUGGACAGUGGGCGGGAGAGAGAUGCUGAUGAAGAGUGAGCUAUGUGUAUCAGGUGGACACUUGAGGCUGUGUUGGCAUGUCCUGUCUGGAGGGGGGAUGGAAGGAUAGAGAGAGUUGGAAGCUGGCAAAAUUGUCACGAAAGGAGAGACUGGAAGGGCUGACUCAUUAGGGGGAGAGCAAGUGGGAGUAUGGAGUAAGGUGUAUAUAAACUUAUAUGUGACAGUCUGACUUGAUUUGCAAACAUUCCCUUGAAGCUCAAUAAAAGUUAAAAAAAAAAAAAAGGAAACCAAAAACUCAGAGAAGAAAGGAGUCUACAGAACUAAUAGUCGACACGAACCACAGCUCUUCAUCUAUCAUGAAACCAGAAGAACUAGAUGGUGCCCGGCUACUACUACUGACCGUUCUGACCAGGGCCACAAUAGAUGGAUCCGUAUAGAAUGGGAGAGAAAUGUGGGAAAAAAUUCAAACUCUUAAAAAAUCCAGACUUAUUAGGGCAGUUGAGAAACAACAGAUUGGCUCAUAAAAUAAAGAACAUGAACCAUGAGUAAUGAAAUCAUAUGUAGGAGACCAAAUGGUCAAAAAUUAUUCUAAAGUGAAGAUAAGAAGGCAAGGAGGCGGGGAAACUAGAAUACAGGAAAUAGUACAACCAGAACAGAAUAAAUGGGAAUAAUGACACAUUAUGAAAAAUGUAACCAGUAUCUUUCAAAGACUAUGUAUAUAGGUUCAAACUGAUAAGAGCAACUCGAAAAAUUAGAUAGGCACCAUAGGGGGCAGUGAAUUUAUGUUAUUGGAGAAGGAACAAUGCAGAAAAGGAGGGUGAGAAUGAUUGCACAAUUCAGGGAAUGUAAUCCAUGUCACUAGAUGGUACUUGUAGAAACUGUUGAAUUGGUUUAUGUCUUGCUGUGUAUAUUCUCAACAACAAAAUAAAUAAAAUUUCUAAAAAACAUAAAAAAAAAGUUUCCAGGCAAUAGAUUUUGGAGUUCCUCGAGUCUCAAUGUAUCCAGUAAGUCUAGUUUUCAUAAGAAUUUAAAGUUCUAUUCCACAUUUUUCCUCCUUUUGAUCAAUAUCCAUCUAUUGGGUCCUUGAUCAGAAUGUUCCGGAAUGGUAGCCAGGCUCCAUCUGUUUCUUCUGGUCUCAUGGCAAAGGCGGUAGUACUUCAUGGAUGCAAUUAGACCUGCAGUCCGUUUCCUCCUCUGAUUCCUGGUCUCCUUUCUCUGCUGUGAUUAAUCAUCUUCACACUUGCUUCAACCCUACCUCUGUCAUUGGAACUGCUCUGUACAAAUCACCAAAAUUCAUUAUUUUGAAAAUGUGUUAUCAAGUACUGCCACCUUUGUGCUGGGCACUUUUUGAGGCACUAGGGAUAUAAAAGGAGCCCUGGUGGCACAGUGGUUAAGAGCUCGGCUGCUUAACAAAAGGUUGGCCGUUCAAAUCCACCGGCUGUCCUUGGAAACCCUAUGGGGCAGUCCUAUAGCAUCCCUAUGAGUUGGAAUCUACUCGAUGGAAACGGGUUGGUUUUUGGCUUUUAGUGGCAAUACCUCCAAAGCUAAUGUAGGGAAAGCAGCAACUCCAGCAUGCUUGCUUGUAAUCAUGAGGUGGACUGUUGACCCCUUCCUACGUUUAACUCCUAGACUGGCCUGAUGGGUAAUUUUGCAGAACCCCCAUUUAACUGUUUCAGUUUAGCAAAGAGAAGAAGGAAAGAUCAGUUUUCUCUGCUUUAACACGGUUUCUUUGCCAACCUUCAGCUGUUCUAUGAAGAGCUCUGUACAGGCUUCGGGGUAGGGUGAGGGGGUACGGGGCAACUGCUAAGACUACUUGUUCUUAAGAUUCUAAUAACUGUUUGGGAAAGACAUACCCAGAAAACAUAAGUGGCUGAGUGAGAUGUUUUAUAGUCAAUAUACACGGAGUCCCAAUGAAGAGGUGAGCACUACGGGGUGGAGAACACAGGGAGAGCCUCCCAGAGAACGUGGGAUUCAAGAUGAGACUUAAACCUGUCUUUUGUGUGUGCGUGUGUGUAUGCGUGCGUGCGUGCGCACGUGGGUAUUACGUGAAAGUUUACAGAGCAAAUCAGGUUCCCAUUCCAUAGUCUGUACGUAAAGUGUUUCAUAGCUUUGGUUUCAUUCCCCACGAUGUGUCAGCACUCUCUCCAUGUCCGCUUUGGGUUCCUUGUGUCUUUUCACCCUGAUUUUCUACUCUUUCCUGUGUUCUCAUCCGUGCUUUUGGGCAAAUAUUGCCCUUUUGAUCUCAUAUAAUUGAUUUGUUCUAAGGAACACGUUCCUUUUAGGUGUUUUAAACGUGUCUUUAGUUAAAUGAAGAAAAGGGUGAGGGCAGAGCCUAUGAGCAGAAGAUACAAUGUUUCUAAGUGUCUGUGUAAAGAAUGGGAAUAGUUUGACUUUCAUAGAGGAGUUCUAGGAAGUAUCGAGGAGAUACAUUUGGAGAGGUGGAGAGGGACCAAAUUAUGAAGAACUCUGAAUGCCAGGCAGGUUUCCAAAAAAAACCCCAAAACCCGUUGCUGUUGAGGCGCUUCUGACUCCUAGCGAACCUGUAGGACAGAGCAGAACUGCCCCAUAGAGUUUACGCGGAGCGCCGGGUGGAUUCGAGCUGCCGACCUUUUUGGUUAGCAGAAACAGCUCUUAACCACUGUGCCACCAGGGUUUCCAGGCAGGUUUAGCUUACAUUAUAGAUGGUGGCUAUUUAACGUGUGAUCCUUGUACCGGCCGCGUGGGGAUUACCAGGCCACUUCUCAGAAGUGCAGAAUCUCAGGCCUCAUGUCAGUAAGAAUCUACAUUUUAACAUUUCCAAGUUUGUUAGUAUGUUCGUUAAAAUUUGAAAAGUACUGCCAUAGGGAGGAGUCAUUUAAUUCUGUUAUCCUAAGUCAAAUGUUUGUAAUUAGAAACACAGUUUUCAACAGAAACUAUGUGAGAAAUGAUAGAUAGGAUUUCAGUCUAGCCCAUAAUAAUUUGAAAUAUUCUGUGAGAUCUAAUAUUGAAGUUCUGAGGUUCCGGGCGGGGGAGUAACUGCUGGAAUGAAGAUCAGAAAAGCCAGUAUGUGUCUCGUCUUGGGAAAGGACAAAAGGGAAAUGAAUCUGCCGGGCUGGCUAAGUGCUGGGUCACACAGGGCGAAACGUAAGCCAGUGACUGGGGGGAUCCUGAUUCUGUAGUUCCCUGAAGACUAGAUUUUGGAGAACAGCAGCAGUGUUGCAGGAAAGAUCUAGGAUGCUUGUAGGAAAUUCCCUCUUCCUUAACAUAAUUGCAGCUUUAAUUCCGGGAAAGAAAAAAAAAUUAUUUCCCCAAAUUGCACAAUUUUUAAGAUACAUUGUUGCACCUGUCAAGUUAAAAAAGCAUAAUGCAGAGGAGUAUGGAUAGGAUAGUACAGUGAAUUUUUCACAUUUGUUAUUUUGCACAUGUGCAAAUAUAUCUGUAAGGUAAAUCUCUAGAAAUUAAAUUAUUUGGACAAAAGCUAUGUGUAUUUGUAAGUUGGUUCCAUUUGUAACGGAAGAUUUUACAAAAUUACUCUUCUUGAGUAUCAGUUUAUGCUGCCACCAGUAAUGUGUAAGAAUGCUUAGUUAUAUAUCCACCUUUUUGAUCUUUGCCAUUCGAUGGUUAAAAAUGGGUAGUCUCUCAGUGUAGUUUUAAUUUUAUUACUCUCCAGGGUGAUUGGACGUCUUUAGAUAUAUUUAAGAGACUUUUCUUUUCUGUGAAGUCUCCCUAUUCUUUACCUGUUUUUCUAUGAUAGUAUUUAUUUUUAUUUAUGGAAUUUUAAAAACUAUUAGGGAACUUAGCUGUGUGUGGUAUGUGACAGCAAACCUCCAGCUAGUGGCUGCGGUAUUGGACAACAUGGGACAAUGCCUGUUGUUGUUGUUACCUGCUUUCAAGUCCACCAGACACAUGGUGACCCCAUGUACGACAGAACGAAACACUGCAUGGUCCUGCCACAUUCCCAUGAUCGCUUGUGGAUCGGACCGUUCAGAUCCACAGGAUUUUCAUUGGCCGAUUUUUGGAAAUAGAUAGCCCGGCCUUUCUUCCUAGUCCACCUUAGUCUGGAAGCUCCACUGAAGCCUGUUCAGUGUCCUAGCAAUGUGGAAGCCCCCACUGAUGGGCAGUUGCUAUGCAUGGGGUACGUGGGCCAGGAAUGAAGCUCAGGUGUCUUAUGUGGGCUGCGAGAACUCUGCCACCAAACUACCAACAAAAGCCUCCUUUUGUUGCUGACCAAGAUUUCCUUAGAACAGCGAUUACUGUGGGGAGAGGGUGGGGUAGGGCUUGUUUGGAAAAUCAUAUUCAAUAUACAGCCUUAUAUUUGGAUAACAAAAAAGUUCUAUAUUAUACAAUUUUAAGGUAUUAAAGCUUGGUGAAAUCCUCUUAGCCGGUGGAACAUGAAUAAAAACCAUUGAAAAACAUAUCUGAGAAUAUUGUUAAUUUUCAAAAUUUAUUGAUUGCUAGAAAUCUCAGAGCUGUUUUAAACCGAGUAUUGUUUUCCAUUCUCCCCAACAGGUUACCACCAAAGAACAUGAUUUUGGUCUAGGGGCUCCGGUUUCUGAAGUUGAAAAAUACCAGAAUACUCUCCAACUAGAACAAGAAGUGAAAAACCAAGACAGAUUCAUCUAUACACUGAAAUUACAGAUUGAAGAUCUCAAACAGACAAAUCAUGGCUUGGAAGACUAUGUUAGGAAACUCUUGGAUAGCAAGGAGGUGGUAAGCAGUCAAGUGGAUGAUUUAACCAGCCACAAUGAGCACCUCUGUAAAGAAUUGAUUAAAGUUGACCAACUAGCAGAGCAACUAGAGAAAGAGAAAAACUUUGUGGUGGAUACCGCCGACAAGGAACUUGAAGAAGCAAAGAUUGAACUUAUUUGCCAGCAAAAUAAUAUAAUAGUUUUGGAAGAUACAAUAAAAAGACUUAGAUCUACUUGAUUCCUUUGUGAAGACUUUAGAAGCAGACAGAGAUUACUACAAGAGUGAAGCUCAAAAUUUGAGAAGGAUGAUCAGAAGUAGGUCUAAAAGUCCAAGACGCCCGUCUCCAUCUUCCCGGGGUGCAAACUGUGAUGUAGAGCUUUUGAAGACGACAAGGGAUCGUGAAGAACUUAAAUGCAUGCUGGAAAAAUACGAGCGUCAUUUGGCAGAAAUUCAGGGUAAUGUCAAGGUUCUUACAUCUGAGAGAGACAAGACCUUUCUUCUGUAUGAACAGGCCCAGGAAGAAAUUGCCCGACUUCGACGAGAAAUGAUGAAAAGCUGCAAGUCUCCUAAAUCUACGACAGCGCAUGCCAUCCUCCGGCGGGUGGAGACGGAAAGAGAUGUAGCCUUCACCGAUCUACGAAGAAUGACCACAGAGCGAGAUAGUCUGAGGGAGAGGCUAAAGAUUGCUCAAGAGACAGCAUUUAAUGAGAAGGCUCACUUGGAACAAAGGAUAGAGGAGCUGGAGUGUACAGUCCAUAACCUUGAUGAUGAACGUAUGGAGCAGAUGUCUAAUAUGACUUUGAUGAAGGAAACCAUAACCACUGUGGAAAAAGAAAUGAAAUCCCUAGCAAGAAAGGCAAUGGAUACCGAAAGUGAACUUGGCAGACAAAAAGCAGAGAAUAAUUCUUUGAGACUUUUAUAUGAAAACACAGAAAAAGAUCUCUCUGAUACUCAGCGGCACCUUGCUAAGAAAAAAUAUGAGCUACAACUUACUCAGGAGAAGAUUAUGUGUUUGGAUGAAAAAAUUGAUAAUUUUACAAGGCAAAACAUUGCCCAGCGAGAAGAAAUUAGCAUUCUUGGUGCAACACUCAAUGACCUGGCUAAAGAAAAGGAAUGCCUGCAAGCAUGUUUGGAUAAAAAAUCUGAGAAUAUUGCAUCCCUCGGAGAGAGUUUGGCAAUGAAAGAAAAGACCAUUUCAGGCAUGAAGAAUAUCAUUGCUGAGAUGGAACAGGCAUCAAGACAGUCUACUGAAGCCCUAAUUAUGUGUGAACAAGACAUUUCCAGGAUGCGUCGACAGUUGGAUGAAACAAAUGACGAGCUGGCUCAGAUUGCCAGGGAAAGAGAUAUCCUGGCUCAUGAGAAUGACAACCUCCAAGAACAGUUUUCUAAAGCUAAACAAGAAAACCAGGCAUUGUCCAAAAAAUUGAAUGAUACUCAUAAUGAACUAAGUGACAUAAAACAGAAGGUCCAAGAUACUAAUUUGGAGGUUAGCAAGCUGAAGAAUAUAUUAAAGGCUGAAGAAUCUGAGAACCGGCAAAUGAUGGAACAGCUCCGAAAGGCCAACGAAGAUGCUGAAACCUGGGAAAAUAAGGCCCGUCAGACAGAGGCAGAUAACAACACCCUCAAACUGGAGCUUAUCACUGCAGAGGCCGAGGGCAACAGACUGAAAGAAAAAGUCGAUUCCCUCAACAGAGAGGUCGAACAACACUUAAACGCAGAAAGGUCUUACAAGUCACAGAUUUCUACAUUACAUAAGUCUGUUGUGAAGAUGGAAGAGGAACUUCAGAAGGUUCAGUUUGAAAAAGUGUCUGCCCUUGCAGAUUUGUCUUCCACGAGGGAACUCUGUAUUAAACUCGACUCAAGCAAAGAACUUCUUAAUCGGCAGCUAGUUGCUAAAGAUCAAGAAAUCGAAAUGAUGGAGAAUGAAUUAGAUUCUGCUCGUUCUGAAAUAGAACUCCUCAGGAGUCAGAUGACAAAUGAGAGGAUCUCUAUGCAGAACCUGGAAGCUUUGCUGGUGGCCAAUCGAGACAAAGAGUAUCAGUCUCAGAUAGCGCUUCAAGAAAAAGAGUCUGAAAUCCAGCUCCUUAAAGAACACCUUUGUCUGGCAGAAAAUAAAAUGGCCAUCCAGAGUAGAGAUGUGGCCCAGUUCAGAAAUGUAGUAACGCAAUUGGAGGCUGAUUUAGAUAUUACCAAAAGACAGCUCGGGACAGAACGCUUUGAAAGGGAGAGAGCUGUACAAGAACUUCGCCGCCAGAAUUAUUCAAGCAAUGCGUACCAUAUGAGCACUACUCUAAAGCCAAACACCAAAUGCCACUCGCCAGAACGUGCUCACCAUCGGUCUCCCGACCGGGGCCUCGAUCGAUCAUUGGAAGAGAAUCUUUGCUAUAGAGAUUUCUGACACGUGAGGGUUCUUCACGUCCUUGGGAAAGCUCAAAGUUACAAACGGAAUUUUUUUUUUUUUUUGCUAUAUGAUUGCAUUUAUCUUUUGAAUGCUUGACAAUGUUAAAUGUAUUUAUGAACUCUGUGCCUCUGAAUCUCUGUCGUCACGGGCCAUAUCGUAGUGAGCUGAGAUGACGUAUAGACACAGAAAUGCAUAUGGCUCUUUCUAUCCGUAGAGUACUAGUGAGUAUAAAAUCUGCUUACUUCGCUAUGGAACACUGUUAUGUUAACUAUCCAGAGUAAAUAAAGAAGCUCUAAAAAGAGGGAGAAGUGUUUUUACAAAACUGAUUUCCUUUCCUUUCUUAGUAUCUCAGAUAAUUGGUUGGUUAAUUUUUUUUCUCUGUGAUUUAUGUUUCAUGGCUGGCGAAGUCGUGCCAACACAGGCACAGUUCUCAUACUGGCCUGGGACCAUCUAUUCCGUUUGGGAACCAACCUGACGUAAAUUCCAUGCCAUAUCUGACUUCAGUGCAGCAGAAAGUAGGAGCAUGUCAGGGUUUUUAAAUCCAUAGUAAUGUGAACUCAAGACUAAUUAACAUACAUUUUGACAAUUGUCUUUACGCCUGUUUUUAGGAAGGUAGGCGAUGAGAUAUCUGUCAAGAAUGUAAGAUUUAAAAAUCUGUAUUUUUAAUAAGUAUUCUUAAAAAAAUUAAAGUACUGCAAUCAACCUAAUUGACAUCUAAGCUUUUUUUUUUGCCUGUGGCAACUCUGUAAUCUAGAGUAACAAGUUCAGCAAUGUUUUCUCCCCCUUCCCUAAAUUCUCCUAAAUCUUUCACCUUAUCUGUCCAUAGGCUUUGAUUUAAUGUUGGUAUUGGAGCCUGAACACUACUGUAAUUUACUGAUAUAAGCUAUUUGUAUUCUUGCUAUUUUAAUAAAAAAUAAGUCCUGUCAUUACUAGCAUUCCUAUGAUGCAGACAGUUUCUCAUUUUAUAAUAGCCACUAUCAGCAUGACUGGAGU